UUCGAAUGCUAUAGGGCCGACCAGAGGCCAUAUAUCACACCCUGCAGACGAAGCUAAGAAUGGAGCCGUCCGUGAAAUCGAGCAGCAUCGAAAGCCUAGUGCGCCUGGCGCUGUCGGUGCAAAAUUAUCGCGCUACUGUUGACGCGAUAGGACUGUCCGCCUAUCUGAACGACCCUAUGUUACUUCGCGACCUUGUGGAGAAACUCCCAUUCGACUUGAAACUGGAUUGGGCCAGACAAAGCGCUGGACUUCCGAGGGUAAAUAUCGCUGUUUUCGACGAUUGGCUAUUCCGAGUCGCAUCGUGCGCAAGCACCGUGAUGCCAGUAGCACCCGAGAAAGAAGUCUGCACGAAGGAGAAGAACCCAAGAAUCCGGCUUAUGGUGCACAAUGAUAGCAGCGCACAACCGCCUUGCCGUAGGUGCAAUGGGGCCCACAAAUUGGAGGACUGUAAGCAGUUCCUGGAGCUAGAAGAGCCAGGUAGAUGGAACUUCGUCAGAGAAAAUAAGCUAUGCUGGAGGUGCCUUGGCAAACACUUUAUAAGGCACUUAACCAGCAAAGCUCUAGGGUAGAGAAUAGGCCGAAGGAAAGCACUACGGUACUGCACACGAUGCAGAACGAAGCUGCGUUGUUUAGAUACGUCCCCUUAACAUUGUAUGGACCGAACGGCCAAAUGCAAGUGUUCGCACUGAUAGACGAAGGAUCCGCCUGUA